AUGACUAUCUCUUCACUCCCCCUUGUGCAUGCCGAUGACGAAUGGUCCCCUCUCCGCGCAGUUGUCGUAGGCCGUGCCGGCCGGGCCUGUUUUCCCAGCGCCCCAGCGAAGAUGAUCAAGGCGACGAUGCCCUCCGAGCAUGUCUCGCGCUUCCAGCCGGGGAACCCCUUCCACGCGAAGCUGAUCGCCAAGGCAGAAGCAGAAUUAGACUAUUUUGCUGCGAUUCUCUGUGCCGAGGGCAUUACGGUUUACCGGCCUGAGCCCGAUAUCGAUUGGGUUGCGUUGAACGGAUACACAGGUGCUAUGCCCCGAGAUGGUCUUAUGAGCGUUGGAAACAUGUUGAUCGAAGCGUGCUUCGCGUGGCCCUGUCGCGCAAAAGAAAUUGAAAUCGGAUUCUCCUCCAUCCUCGACGACCUUUCCAAGGACCAACGGGUGCAAAUCGUCCGUCGUCCCGAAAGUGCCUUUGCCAACACCCUUCUGGAUGACAAUGUGGCUGAUAAUACUACUACCGCAACUACCUGGGCUAUUAACAAUAGCCGUCCGGCUUUCGACACGGCCGACUUUAUGCGGUUCGGCUGCACCAUUAUCGGCCAAUACAGUCACGUCACCAACCAAGCGGGCGUAGAUUACAUCCGUAAGUAUCUACCGGCCGGCUACAGCAUCGAGAUGCUCGAUGUAGACGACCCGCAUGCAAUGCAUAUUGAUGCCACAAUCCUGCCCUUGCGAGACGGAUUGCUCGUCUAUAAUCCAACAAAGGUUACGGAAACGGAAUUACGUCGCCAUGCUGUCCUCGCGAGCUGGAAGCUCCACGCCUACCCUUACACUCCAAAAGCACCCAGCGAGCCUCCACUGUACAUGACCAGUCCAUGGCUGUGUCUCAAUGCACUUGUACUGGAUGGGAAACGUGUGGUAGUCGAGGCAAGCGAUCACCAGACCAUUCAAUGGUACGAAUCACUGGGUAUGCAGUGCAUUCCUUGCCCGUUCAAGCAUGUUAACAGUAUCGGGGGUUCAUUCCAUUGUGCGACAGUGGAUUUGGUGCGUGAGAGUUCUGCCUAG